AUGGAAGUUUCUGAUGAUGGAGCAUUCAUUAAUACAUUAAAAAAGUAUUUUUCAUCAUUAGAUGAACCUAUGCACCCAGAAACAACCAAUCCGAAAUUACAAGAUUUAACAAAAUUUGAUCAAUUAAUGAUUGUAGCAUUUAAAGAAUUUUCAAGUGUUACAACACAAAGUGUAAUAGAACUUCGAAAUACUUUUCAACUUAAAGUAAUUCAUAAUAUUGAAAGUUUUACAAAACGUGAUAUAAUAAGAAAUCUUUCAGAUACUUGCAAAUUUUCAAAAGAAGAUAUUUCAGUUAUUUAUGAUAAGUAUUAUACAGCACAAUUUUAUGGUAAACAAAAAAGUGUUCGUAAUGAUUCUAGAAUGGAUUUAACAACUUUUUAUCGAUUUUUGGGAAAUAUUACUAAUUGGGCAAAAUUAGAAGAUGAUGAAUUAAGUAAUAGUGAAAAUGGUGUACCAAGAGAUAGUCAAGGACGUAGAAUUGUUGGAUAUAAAAUAAUUAAUAGAUUAUUUAAUCAUUUUGAUAAAUCAUCAUCUGGUGGUAUUACUCUUCAAGAUGUUGUAACAGGAUUUGGUGAAAUUAAAUUUGGAGAUAUGAUGUCAAGAAUAAAUCUUUUUUUCAAUUUACAUGAUGGUGAUAAAGAUGGUUAUUUAUUAAAAGAAGAAAUUUUACAAUUAUCAGAAAGUCUUUUAUUUAUAUUUCGUUUUCGUCAAGAUGAUAAUUAUCUUAGUUCAGUUUCAAAUUUUAUUAAGAAUGCUUUCGAAUAUAGUGAUCCUUCGAUUGAAAAAAAAGAUUUAAAAGAAGUUGUAGAAAAUGUUAUAGAUGCACAACGUAAUAGUCAAGAAGAUGGAGAACGUAGAAUGUCUUUUCCAUCUUUUCGUAUGGUAAUUUUAGCUGAUGCUUAUCUUGAAAAUUUUUUUGAUAAUGAUUUUGCUUCAACAUUUAAUCUUGUUGAACCCGUUGAAGAAAGACAAAAAGGAUUAGGACGUGAAAUAUUUAAUGUAUUAAUGUCUGAUGGAAUGAAAUUAGCUAAUAGUUUUGGUAAACGAUUAAAUAAUCGUAGAAAAUUGCAAGCAGAACGUAAAAAAUCACAAAGUUCUAGUAGUUCAUCAGAUAAUCAAAAAUCGAAACGACAAAGUAGAAUAUCUCUUAAAUCUGAUAAUUCUGAAAGCACUACUUCGCUUCUGGCUGAAGAUGAAUCUACAGAAUCAUUUGUUUCUAUAGAAUCCAAUGAGGUACCACGAAAUGCAUCAAGUUCUUCAACAGAUGAAGAAGACGAUGGACUUUUACAAGAAGUUGAUAGACUUUUAAGUGAAUAUAGUAUUAAUGAAUCUGAAAAUUUGGAUGACGAAAAUAGUAUAAAUUACGAUGAUG